AUGCUCCUUGUCCCUCAUCCAGUCAUCCUCCCCCACCUGCCCACUUAUCAGCAUCAUGUCGGACACCACCCGACCCCUACACCACUCCUGCCGCCGCCGGCCGCUCGUCCUGCGUGGUACGACUUCCUCAAUUCCAAGCCACCGCCCAACUACGUCGCGGGACUCGGCCGUGGUGCCACCGGCUUUACCACCCGCUCGGAUAACGGGCCGGCCCGCGCCGCACCCGACCUACCCGCCCGCUCCGCCUCCGCCACCGCGGCCCCCACCGUCGGCCACUGGCGCGGGAGGCCUCCCGACGAGGAUGACGGCGAAGUCGACGACGGUGGUGACGAGGAGAAGGGCUACGACGAGAACCAGAAGUUCGACGAGUUCAAGGGCAAAGCCCACUAA